GGUCAAUCCAAUUGUGUCAAAAAGCGAGGGGUACGACACUAAGCACCCAGCUCUACGUGCAGCACAAGUCGCCAUGUCCUCGACGCGGCCGAUCCCCAUAGGAAGCAGUGGCAGCCAGCGCGGCUCCCCGGUGACACGCAGCCCCAAUGGCGCCGCGAUGGUGUCACACUCGCUUCCCGCGGACAUGCACCACGUCCACCUGUCACGCUUCAUGACGACUACGAGCAGCACAAGAUCCGGCGGGCUACAGCCGCCCAGAGCGCCGCGAGUUGGCUCAAUGCCCGAGCCGAACUUCCUACAGUUAGACAGCAUGCCAGAUCUGGCGCUAGGUCCGCCCGCUGAGACCAUUGAAGAAGACUCGCCACCGGCUCGUGCACCCGCCGUCAUUCAGUUUGCUAGUUCGUGUCCAGGAGAUAUUGGAUUUUUAAGGAGAAACCCCACAAGAAGCUCAUGGACGCCCACACUAGAGCCGUAUGUGGCUGAGCAUGAAGAUUUUGAUCUUUCGAAGAGCCCAGCGCUUGCUGCUAUGUCAGCGCUACGAGAGAGGAUGCAAACCGAAGGAACUACACAGCAAGCGGGCAACGGGUCGUCAUACAGGUCUUUUAGCGCUCGCGGAGCGGCAGGAACACAGACGUCAAGGCAUUACUAUGCGUCGGACGAGUCGUCAAGCUACGCAGUGAGUGCUGAACUGUUGGAAAGACUCAGCAUCACGUCAGAGGAAGGAGAGGAGAGAGAAGACCGGGACGAGCGCUAUCGGAUGCCAGGGUACGACUUGCAGACGCCAGCAGAUCAGAGACGACGGUCGGAACGUCGCGGAUCGUAUGGUAAUGUGUCGGAUACGGGCGACACGGGUAUCUUUGAAUUCGACGACCAAUAGACUCGGCAGGCAGUGCGAUAAACAAACAGAAAUGCAACACAAACGAAUCGAAAAGUGAAGUUUGGUGGAGUGUACACGAAGUGUGAAUUGAUUGCUCGGGCAGUACCGAGCUGCUCCCCUAAGCUUACAGGGGCAAUAACGAGAAGGACAGCAAUCACGUCCACCUCGAACGGAUGCACGUGAAGUAGCGCGCCGAUACAAGCCCUCGAGUUCCGGUCGACUUGGCUGGUAGAAUUGCACCAUAUAGCUACUACAGUAGUAGCACUAGGCAGCGCAUACCGACUUGUAGACGAAUGCUAGCUGUCACAGCUAAGUAAGUACAUGUACAUGAAUCGGGUC